AUGGUAAAGAAAUACAAGGAGGCUGGAAUAAGAAGAAAUGCUUUAUCAGUGGAAUUACGUAAAGCUAAGAAGGAUGAUCAAUUGUUAAAACGACGUAGUCUUGAUAUAUCAAAUCAAGAACUGUCGGAUUUAUCGAAUAAAGCUGACGUAUCACUCACUUCUGCUCUUUCUAUAAAUGAAAUAAUAAAGCACGUAAAGUCAUCAGAUGAAACAAUACAAUUAAUGGCAAUUCAGGCUUACAGAAAGUUAUUAAGUCGAGAAAAAAAUCCUCCUAUAAAUGAUAUAAUAGAAGGUGGCAUAGUACCAUGUUUCAUUGAGCUCUUAGAUAACAAUCUUAACAUUCCUUUGCAAUUUGAAGUAACAUGGAUAUUAACUAACAUAGCCUCUGGUACAUCCGUACAAACACAAAAUGUUAUAAAACAUGGAGCAAUACCAAAAUUAGUGAACCUACUUAAAUCUUCAUCACCUAAUCUUGCGGAACAAGCAGCGUGAGCCUUAAGAAAUAUAGCCGCAGAUGAACCAUGUGCACGUGAUCUUGUUCUUGAACGUGGCGCUCUACCUCUUUUGUUGGAGUUAAUUAAACCUGAUACUUCAGUGACGUCCAUGCGUAACAUGGACUUUAUCUAG